AUGAGACCAGUUGUAGCACCCGGUAAAGCUUGGUUCUGUACCAUUUUAUCUGCAUUUGGUGUACUUAUCCUUACGCCAAUUGCGCACCUUUUCAAUUCAAAUCAUGAAUCCUUUUUAGGAUCUAUAAAUGAUCCUGAAGAUGGUCCUGCGGUUGCACAUACGGUAUACCUGGCGGCAUUGGUUUAUCUGAUCUUUUUUGUAUUUUGCGGGUCUCAAGUCUUCCUUGCAAGCAGGAAACGUUCCAUUGCACUGCGUUAA